GUAACGAACGAGCCUUGCCUACGCUGAAAGUAGAGCUGGCAUGCGGAUCAUGUGACCUGCACGUCAACUCAGCAGGUACGUUGCUCAGCGCUCAUCCCGUCACUCCAAUUGUGUCAGUGGCAGCGCUGUUGGAACUGGGAUACAAGAUAAACUGGACGAAGGAGAACUGCCAGGUCAGUCAUCCAAGGCGUGGCCAGCUGCAGGUCGAUGCAAGCUCAGGGUGUCCAGAGAUUGAGUUUGAAGUUGCACUCCAGCUUAUCUCUGAGUACGAAGAACAUGUGAAAGAUAAGGAAGUGCAUGAGGCUAGAGUAAGAUGUCUGUUGCUGGAUAUGAGCUCUGCAACUGAAGAGGAUCUCAUGGCCUCAGUGUGGGGAGGUGGUGUUGAAGCAGCUGCAGCAAUCAGGAUGUGGCUGACCGAUGUGGGUGGGCACUCUUGCACGUGGACACCGCCGGAGCAGUGUGGCCUGAA